GUAUAAAAGAGGCGGCAGGGAACCGAGAGGCCAGACUGGAGCCUUCGCAAAGAAGAGGCAACUUCUGCUUAUACAGGCAGGACUACGGAUUACCAAACAUGGAGACGCUGAAGAGCGCAAGGAAAGGCGACUCGGGUGAAGCCAGCAGCGACUUAUCCGACCAAAUCAAAGCCGCCACUAAGGAAAACCACUUCAGAGCUGAAAACACACAGCUGAUGCUCAGCUACCAGAAGGGACAGAUUACUCUGCAACAAUACAAGGUCCUGUUGUUUUCCCUCUACGAGAUCUACAAAGCCCUAGAAGAAGAGCUGGACAGGAAUUCCUCCCAUCCCGCCGUGGCUCCCAUUUACUUCCCUCAGGAGCUGGCUCGCUUGGAAUUGCUGGAAAGCGAUCUGGAGUAUUUUUUUGGCCAGGACUGGGAGAAGAGAGUGAUUGUCCCCGCAGCCACGCAAAGAUACAAACAGAGACUGAGAAAGAUCGGCCAGGAGAACCCUGAGCUGCUCGUCGCCCACGCCUACACCCGCUACCUCGGCGACCUGUCAGGGGGUCAGGUGUUGGGGAAAAUCACCCAGAAAUCUCUGGGGCUGAGCAGCAAAGAGGGACUGUCGUUCUUCUCCUUCCCCGGCGUGAGCAGCCCCAACCGCUUCAAGCAGCUGUACAGGAGCCGCAUGAACAGCGUGGAGCUGACCGAGGAGGAGAAGGCAGCCGUGCUGGAGGAGGCGGUGGAAGCUUUCGAGCUGAACAUCCAGGUUUUUGAUGACUUGCAGAAAAUGCUGAGCAUUGCCACAGAAACGGACCAAUCAAGAAGCGACGUGGGAGCUGCCAGGUUCACGGCGUCUCCUGUCCUGCAGCUCGCGGUGGGACUGUGUGUUGCCCUGGCAACAGUUGGGGCUGCAAUGUAUGGGAUGUAGAAAUGUGGCUUUUAUAGUCAGUAUGCACGUAGAGCACUUUACACACUAAAUCAAGGGUGUCCAAAGUGUGGCUCGGGGGCCACUUUUAGCCCUUAAAUGAUUUUGUUUGGGCCCUGACCCCAAGUCAGAAGAUUUGACCCCCACACAUUUUUUUCUCUUUUAUUAAGGCCCUUUGUAUGUUUUGGAUCUAUAAAGAUAUACUGAUUUCAUACAAAUUUUGUUUAUUGUUAAGCAGGUAAAAAAUAUUAAAAAUAAAAAAUAGAAGAACAUUUUUUCCAGUUUUAAUUUAAUGUAUUUUGUUGCCCCUCUGAUAGUUUAGCCAUUUUUUUGCCUCUUGGCAAAAAGUUUGGAGACAACUGCACUAAAUAAUUAAUUAAGAUGGAAGUCUGUACUUCAACAGAAACUUCUUUCCAUGUACAAUAUACUUUACAAAGGUUGUGGUUGUCUUUCAAACUUUAAAUUUGUCUUUUGUAAACAAACUGUAGUGUUUUUUUAGGGGGAUUUAAUGUAGUUAAUCAACAAAGUAGUGUAUAAUUGUGAAAUGUAAUAAUGAUUUAUGGCUUUGAAAUUAGUUUAAAAUAAAAAUCUUUAAAAAAAA